AUGCUUCUCUUCUUGUGGUGGCUGAGGCUCGUGUGGGCUGAAAGGAGGCCAGACAGCCCAUCUCGGGGAACUGGACUACAGCUCCUGGCUGACUUCUCUAUCUCUGGGCUCUUUCCUCUUCAUGACACGGACAUGUCUGGCUCCAGCUUGCCCGCCAUGGGAGCCUGUGAUGCAGGUGAAUACAACAAGCAUGGCAAUCACCUGAUGCAAGCCAUGAGAUUUGCUGUAGAAGAAAUCAACAAUGGUACUGGAUCCCAGCCUCUCUUACCAGGAGUGAAGUUGGGUUACCAGAUCUAUGACAUCUGCUCAGUGCCAGCUAGCAGUCUGGCUACACUGCAAGUGUUGAGCCAGGAGCACCAAAGAGUUUUUACGGCUGGGAUGGAGGAAGACACGAACCUGAACUCAGACCCUGACCCGGGUCAAAAGGUGGUGGCUGUGAUUGGGCCGGAUAGCAGCAGCAAGUCAUUCACCCCUGCUGCUCUACUAGGGGCCUAUCUGGUGCCACAGAUCUCUUAUCAAGCAUCCAACGAGAUGCUGAGCAACAAGUUUCUUUACCCGUCAUUCUUACGCACGAUCCCCAGUGACAAGAACCAGGUAGCAGCCAUGAUUCAGCUCCUGGUCCAUUUCAAGUGGACCUGGAUCACCCUCUUGGGAAGUGACAACGACUAUGGACGGCAGGGAAUGCACAGUCUGUCCCAGCAAGUGGCUCAACACGACAUCUGUAUCGCAUACCAAGCGGUCAUCCCUAAGCUAACGGCUGACACAGCUCAGACGAUGCGGACCAUGGUUACAAACAUACUGAGGACCAAGGUCAACACCAUUGUUCUGUUCUCCAGCAAGUCCAAACUCAGAGGCUUCCUCCCAUUUGUCAUUGAGCAGAAUGUGACAGGUAAAGUGUGGAUAGGAACGGAGGACUGGUCUGUGGCCACUCUGGUGUCAGGGAUACCCAGAGUGCACACCAUCGGCACUGUCCUGGGCAUAUCUAUCAAACAUGCAGCCAUUUCUGGUUUUGAGGAGUUUGAGAGGAAGUCAGUUGAUAUUUCCAGGCCACAUAGCAGCACCCAAAAGAUCCUAUUUGGUACCACGCAACAAAGCGUCGACUGUCUACAGAGCACAGGCCUUUACAGUUUUGGAAGACAGAACUUUUCUUUAGAUAAAUAUGAUAUCACCUCUUCUUUCAAUGUGUAUAAAGCAGUGUAUGCCGUGGCUCACGCCCUGCACAAAGCGCUAAGCUGUGAUACUGGAGAGUGCCAUAAAAGGAGUGUGCAUCCUUGGCAGCUGGUGCCAUGGCUUAAACAGGUGAGAUUUAAUCUCAGAAACACAUCCGUGUACUUUGACAAGAAUGGUGACCCACCCACAGGAUAUGACAUAGUGACCUGGAUUUGGAGAGAGACUGACUGGUCUCUCAGAGUCGUGGGCUCUUUCACUACAGAUCCCACUGUGCUCGAAAUCAAUGCUGCUCGGAUCGAGUGGUCAUCAGGAUCAGUAAGUUUAAAUGUGCCUUUAUCCAUCUGCUCCCCAGAAUGCCCUGCAGGUCACAGGAAGCUGCAGACAGGACAACACAGAUGUUGCUUUGACUGCCUGGCCUGUCCUGCAGCCACAUUCCUUAACAAGAGUGGAUCAACCACAUGUCAGCCAUGUCACCCAGAGAAAUGGGCUCCUCCACUCAGCGAACAGUGCUUGAACAGGACGGUCUUGUUGCUGGCCUGGGAUGCCCCUCUUUCCAUAGCUCUCCUCUUCCUGCUGUCCCUGUCCCUUCUCAUGGCCUCUGGCUCAGCACUAAUCUUCCUGUUCAACCUGAACACCCCAGUGGCCAAGUCUGCUGGGGGGCGCACCUGCCUCCUGAUACUGGCAGCCCUGACCGCUGCCGCCGGGAGCUCUUUGUGCCACUUUGGCACCCCGUCAAAGGUGGCCUGCAUCCUAAAGCAGCCCCUGUUUGUAUUCAGCUUCAGUGUGUGCUUGGCGUGCAUGACCGUACGAGCCUUCCAGGUCGUCUGCAUUUUCAAGCUAGCGUCCAAGCUGCCUCUGGCCUAUGACACCUGGACAAAGAACCACGGCCCCGAGUUCACUAUCCUCUCAGUGUCUGCCGCCAUCUUAUUCAUCUCGGUGCUCCGCAUGGCCCUCAACCCGUCCUACCCGUCCCAGGACCUGGACUUUUACGCCGACAGCAUUGUGCUGGAGUGCAGCAACACCCUCUCCCCUGGCAAUGGCCUGGAGCUCACUUACGUCUCCCUGCUCAGCAUCCUCUGUUUCUCUUUCAGCUACAUGGGCAAAGACCUGCCGGCCAACUACAACGAGGCCAAGUGCGUCACCUUCAGCCUCAUGGUUUACAUGAUCUCCUGGAUCAGCUUCUUUACCAUCUACCUCAUCAGCCGGGGCCCUGUCACCAUGGCUGCCCAUGUGUUUGCCAUACAAGCCAGCAUUUUGGGCAUCCUCUGGGGAUACUUCUUUCCUAAGGUUUACGUCAUUCUUCUCAGGCCACACAUGAAUACAACUGCUCAUUUUCAAAACUGUAUACAAAUGUACACCAUGAACAAAGAGUGA